GCCGCUGCACCACUGCACCGUGUGUCCGUGCGCACAGACACCAGUUUAUCGAUUAUUUUCCGUGAUGGCUUCAUUCGGGUUUCUCGAGACGGAUAAUUUUAGCGCCAAAACCUUCUGAAAAUAACCGUUUGGUCGGUCUUAAAACGACUAGUUUUUCUCCGUGAAUAAUUUACGCGCGUUUUCGAUCCGCAGUGAUUUUAUAACACAUAUUAUUGUUAUGGCGGUGUAGUAUAGUGACGCGUUUUAUCGCGGGUGUUCAAGUGUGUAUCUGCGAUUUAAAAAAACAAGGAUUAUAGCGAUAGCCGUAAAAAAAACAUGCACGUCGAGUUGGACGGUGGUGGUCCAUCACCGUGGGCCGCCGCCGCCACAGUGCUUGGGCACCACCACCAUCAUCACCACCACCCGGGAUACCACAGUGGUGGUGGUGGUGGACAGGAUCAUCACCAUCACCACCCCGCAGCGGCGGCGGCUGCCGUGGCCGCUGCAGCCGUGGCUAACGGGUUUCACCCUCAUUCCGCCCACACCCCAAUGGACCUGCACGUACCUCAGCCUUUUCCUUACUACAGGUACAGAGAGGAGUCACUUUGUUGGCCAGAAAGGAAGCCUUCGAUGGAAGAGGGACAUUCGCCAUCGGUUAAUGCUAGGAUACUCGAGUUGAGGAAAGAGAAGAGUCGCGAUGCGGCUAGAUCGCGGCGGGGCAAGGAGAACUAUGAGUUCUACGAACUGGCCAAAAUGCUACCCCUACCAGCGGCCAUCACGUCCCAGCUGGACAAAGCGUCCAUCAUUCGGCUGACCAUAUCGUACCUGAAGCUCAGAGAUUUUUCCGGACACGGUGACCCGCCAUGGACCCGAGACGGACCCCCGUCGGCGUCCAAGAACCUUAAAGGAACCUCAGCCCGUAACAGAUCUCCUAGUACCAUAGCCAUGGAACUGUUCGAACAGCACCAGGGAACGCAUAUACUUCAAUCGUUGGAUGGUUUCGCGUUUGCAUUGGCUGCCGACGGUCGAUUCUUAUACAUAUCAGAAACCGUGUCUAUCUACUUAGGUCUUUCUCAGGUGGAAAUGACCGGAAGCAGCGUAUUCGACUACAUCCACCAGGCGGACCAUUCCGAAUUAGCCGAACAACUGGGACUCGGUCUUAGCCAAGGCCAAGGAAUGGCAUCGCCGUCGCCGAGCAGCGCCGGUUCCGAAGAAGGAAACUCUAACGUGGGCACGGCCAACCCCGACGUGUCUUCGGUGAUGUCGUUGUCCAGCUCGAACGCGUACAAGGGCCUGGAUAGGGCGUUUUGCAUCAGGAUGAAGUCGACGCUGACCAAACGCGGUUGUCAUUUCAAGUCGUCCGGAUAUAGGGUGGUGUUGUUGGUGUGCAGACUCAGGCCGCAGUACACGUUCUCCCACAACCGCAAAUGUGCGCCUCCUCUGCUGGGCGCCGUGUCCCUGGCCAUAGCCCUACCGCCGCCGAGCGUGCACGAGAUCCGAUUGGAGACCGACAUGUUCGUCACCAGACUGUAUUUUGAUCUCCGAAUAGCUCAUUGCGAACCCAGGGUAGCGGAAAUACUUGAUUACACGGCGGACGAACUGACCGGCAUGAACUUGUACACCCUGUGUCACGGCGAGGACGUGAGCAAACUUAGAAAAUGUCACCUAGACCUUAUCAACAAAGGUCAAAUGAUGACCCAUUACUAUAGGGUGAUGAACAAGAACGGAGGGUACACUUGGAUGCAGACUUGCGGCACGGUGGUUUGCAACUCGAAAAACGCCGAAGAACAAAAUAUUAUUUGUGUAAACUACGUGGUCAGCGCCCGAGAAUAUGACAAUUUGAUAAUGGACUGUUGCCAGAUGGAAGAACACAUCAGGCAAAGAGCGGUUAAGAGAGAAGAAACCGGCGGCAACGACCCGGAAAACGGUUCGCCGGGCGGUGACGGUGGCGACGGUCGAGGUGGCAAUCCUAGAAGAGAUCACCUGACACCCGCCGAUUUGGACGACGGGCCAUCGGCCGAUGGCCAUGGAGAUCCAACUCGUGGACGGAACCACGUGGACAUCACCCAAUUAAACAGCGGGCCGCCGGAACGCCUGCAAAUAAACAACGUCGGUAUUAACUUACUGCCGAAAAAAGGGGACAAACGGAGGGCACACAAAAGGAAAAUAACCGAACUUAUGUCCCGGGACGAGGACAACAGCUGCUGUAGCAGUUCCGAAGAAGACACUGUGGCCAGAAAACACUUUUCCAGCCUGAGUCCGGCUUCGUCGUCGUGCCAGUCCACUUUGCCGCCCAGUUCACCGAAAACUAUCGGCGGCGAUAAACGGGGAGGCGUUGGCGAUCCAAACGCCGUCAAGGAACUGGAACACGCCAUGUCCAAGCACCUACCGUCGUCCGCUGCCGACAAGACGCCGUCGGCCGUCCACCAGCCGACGGACUUUAGCACAGACGCGUUGCUCAAGCAACAGCAGCAAAAAAGUACCAUUCAGUGGAUCGGUGCCCACCACCUGGGCCACCAGCAUCACACACAUCACCCCAACGGGCCUUCGCAUCAUCCGUCUCACAAUCAACACCACGGCACGUUGCCCGCGUCCGCACUUCUUCGACAAAUCUACGCCAACCGCGAAUCUGUAAUCAGGGCCAACGUGCACGCGCCUAGAUCGCCGGGCGGCGGCGGUGGGACGGCCGUCUACUACCCCGGCGAGAUGAACACGUUGCCGACGCCGCCGGGCAGCGAGGGCGGUUACGGCGAGCAGCAGUUCAUGCCUCAAAAGCCGAGCGGCGACUUCAACGGACUGGUACCGCCGCCGUACAACUACGCCGACUAUCAUUCCGCGAUGACUCCCCCGUCUUCCGUGUCACCGCGGGACAAGCAGCAGCCGCUCAACGCUUACGACGCGUACGCUCCGACGGCCGACGUACUCCGACAACAGUACGGACAUCACGCAGAGGUGACGUCGUCGCUGCCGCUUAAGCCACAACCUUACAACCCCGGACCCGUGCUCGACCACUAUGACCAGUCAGCGCAAUUCUAUCAUUCGGCCGCCGGGUUCCAUCUUUACCAUCCGUCGUCAGCUGGUAAAACGGCUGCCGGUGGCCCACCUCCUCCUCCGCCACCACCAGCAGUAUACUUGGACCCGUUAAAAAAUCCACACAACUGGUACCCGACGCCUUCAUAACGACGAUAAUGCAACAGCACAGCAAUAAAUAUAAUAUGAUACCAAACCUUAUUUAUGUUAUUUAAUAAAAUAUAUUAUACCUAAUAUUGUACCUCAAUGUAUAGGUAAUAUAAUGGUAAACAAAUUGGGUAAUUUUUUUUUUUUUAAAUCAUUUUGAGACUGUAUUACUGUCGUUAAUAAAUAAUAUAGUCUUUUUCAUUUUAUCUUUAGUUUCUAAUUUAUGAUUAUUAUAAAUUAACUAACCUUAAAUAACUAUAGGUAUGUUUGUAUUAGCUUACCAAAGGAUACGUUUUAAAAAGAAACUGUAAAUUUAAGAUUAAUGUGUACUAACAAUUUCCAAUCGUAACCAAAGAUUAAGUUCAAUAGUGUAAGCCAUUACCUGCACAACUCAUACGGUAGGUAAUUUGAAGUGAGAAAAUGGAAAUAGUUAUUUAUAGUAUAAAUUUUAACUUUCAUAAUUCAUACCUAUGCAUUUAAUUCAUUUAAAUAAAAAUUAUUAUUUUUUCAUCCCCACUAAUAGUUUGUUUCAAUAGAAGUAAGCACAUGUAUUAUACAUUUACUUAAGUCUUCUAAAAAAAAGUAUCAUUUAAGUUAAAAAAAAAUGUAUAAUAUUUCAAAUUGAGUAAAUUACCGAACCGCCUAUUAAUUUAACUUCUUCUUUUGGCUUUCUAAAUAACUAAUUUAUAUUAAAUAUUAUUAAUUAUAUAUUUAUAUUUGAAUAUUUUUUACUCGAGACUACAUGGAACAUACAAUUAAACAUA